GAGUUCAAAGUGGGGAUUUUCAGGAACUAACAUGGAAAUAAACGCCUAUAUACAUCAUUGGAGUUUGGAAGUCAAUUAGUUGAGAGUUGCGCAGCCGGACAGGUUUACCUGCAGUGUAUGAAGCAAAGGAUGUGGUGCAGCUUCAGUGCAGAUCCUGCCCAGCAACUAUCUCAAGCAGCUGGUUUUUCCGACACCCGGGCACCAGCCAAAUCCAUGUUUUGGUUCCUCAAAACGGACACGAUGCGUGCAAAAAGCGAUUGGGAAAACCAAGCCCUUGGAUUCCAACAUCCGGGUGGUCUUCAAAGCUUGAUAUCUUUUCUCUUCUCAACUUCUGCCACCACAAGCGGGAAAUCACCGCGUGUGUCUUGUGUGGUGGCAGGCGCAUCUGCGAACACAAAAAGAGACGGGACGAAUGUGCUCUCUGCAAACAAUUGCCGCGACAUUUGAAAGCCAGCGCGCGGAAAAAA